AUGAAGAGCAUGAAGAACAUUCAAACCGAAAACCCCAAGCUCCUCUUACAGUUCUCCUCAAACUUCUUAGAUCAACAGCCUGGAUUUAUAUCAGCCCAACCAACCAUGGCCUUUAUACCCACUGGACGCAAUUCUUUUGUGGGUUCGAAUCCAUGGCCAAAGGGAAAGCGGGCCUUAUUUCGAAAACCUAACUUGGAGUUUAUUGAUUAUGGGUCUCGUUUAGAGCCUUGUUCUAGGCCUACAAGACCGAUCCUUGGUGAUGAAGAAAGGCGGAGUCUUGGUCAAUCGAACAUUACCUAUUUCAAUAAUACUGUUCCUGCACUUGACCAAAAUGUUAAAUUUGAAAAAGUUGGGGGUGCUAUUGGACCCACUAAUCAACGUAGUUCGCCCCAGGUGGCUACUCUUACGUGUCUAAAGAAGGAGAUGAGACAACGUGGGUCUGGACAGGACAGAACCUGGGCCUAG